GGAAAAGAAAUGGAGCAAUUUCAGUAACUGUCCAGUCUAACAUCUUACUGAUAUCUUAAGGAAUCUUACAAAUACUUAUUUCAAAUUGAGAAAAUGACUGCAGAUGUCGAAGAAAGUUCAGGUUGUUGGAGAAGAAUACGUUUCGAAAAGUGGAACAUCCAAUAGUUAAUUUGGAAGUAGUAUAAAAUAAAUAUACCUGUUAUGGUGCGAUUCUGGAGUGGAGUUAACUCUGUAGCACACAGGUAGCUCUCCAAGGAGAAAAAAAAGAACUUUCUGUUUUUCUAAAUUAUGGAAAUUUUUUGGAAGACGUGGACAUGGAUUUUGAGUCUAGUCAUGGUUUCGUCGGAAUUUCACAGUGACAACAGGCUUUCAUAUAGUUCUCAAGAGGAAUUCCUGUCUUACCUUGAACACUACCAGCUAACAAUCCCAAUAAGAGUUGAUCAAAACGGAGCCUUCCUCAGCUUUACUGUGAAAAAUGCUAAACCCUCAAGAAGGAGGAGGAGCACAGACCCCUAUGACCAAGAACUGGCAGCAUCUAAAUUAUUUUUUAAACUUUCUGCCUAUGGCAAGCACUUUCAUUUAAACCUGACUCUCAACACAGAUUUGGUGUCCAGACAUUUUACAGUAGAAUACUGGGGGAAAGAUGGACCACAAUGGAAGCACGAUUUUUUAGACCACUGUCAUUACACAGGAUAUUUGCAAGACCAACACAGUACAACUAAAGUGGCCUUAAGCAACUGCAAUGGUCUGCAUGGAGUCAUUGCUACAGAAGAUGAAGAGUAUUUUAUUGAACCUUUAAGGAAUAUAACAGAAGAUUCUAGUAACUUUAAUUAUGAAAAUGGUCAUCCUCAUGUUAUAUACAAAAAAUCUACCAUGCACCAGCAACAUCUCUAUGAUCACAGUCACUGUGGAGUCUCAGAAGACCUCACAAGAAGCAGUAGACCUUGGUGGAUGAGUGAUGCCUCUGCUUUUCCAACUUCACUUCCAGUCAAUGACACAUUAAGUAGUCAUAGUCGACAGAAGAGAUCAGUAAGCCUUGAACGGUUUGUGGAAACGCUGGUAGUGGCAGACAAAAUGAUGGUGGGAUACCAUGGUCGCAAAGACAUUGAACACUACAUUUUGAGUGUAAUGAAUAUUGUUGCCAAACUUUAUCGUGAUUCCAGUCUAGGAAACGUUGUGAAUAUUAUAGUGACACGUUUAAUUGUCCUCACUGAAGAUCAGCCAAACUUGGAGAUAAACCACCAUGCAGACAAGUCCCUCGAUAGCUUCUGUAAGUGGCAGAAAUCCAUUCUCUCCCACCAAAGUGAUGGAAACACCAUUCCAGAAAAUGGGAUUGCCCACCAUGAUAAUGCGGUUCUUAUUACUAGAUAUGAUAUCUGCACUUACAAAAACAAGCCUUGUGGAACGCUGGGCUUGGCCUCUGUGGCUGGAAUGUGUGAGCCUGAAAGGAGCUGCAGCAUUAAUGAAGACAUUGGCCUAGGUUCAGCUUUUACCAUUGCACAUGAGAUUGGUCACAAUUUUGGUAUGAAUCAUGAUGGAAUUGGAAAUUCCUGUGGGACCAAAGGUCAUGAAGCAGCAAAACUAAUGGCAGCUCAUAUUACAGCAAACACCAACCCUUUCUCUUGGUCAGCCUGCAGUCGGGAUUACAUCACCAGUUUUUUAGAUUCGGGCCGUGGUACUUGCCUUGAUAAUGAGCCUCCCAAGCGUGACUUUCUUUAUCCAGCUGUGGCCCCAGGUCAGGUGUAUGAUGCUGAUGAACAGUGUCGCUUCCAGUAUGGAGCAACAUCCCGCCAAUGUAAAUAUGGGGAAGUGUGUAGAGAGCUCUGGUGCCUCAGCAAAAGUAACCGCUGUGUUACCAACAGCAUUCCAGCAGCUGAAGGUACUCUUUGCCAAACAGGGAGCAUUGAAAAAGGG